AUGUAUAGUCGCGAUAUUUUUUUAUUUAACCCUUUUACCUCUACCUUAUUUAUUUUCAUGAUAAUUGAGAGUGUUUGUAAAGUGUACGCUUAUUCUAAUGAAGAAAUAUUCCAAUACAUCACACCCGACACUUGUAAACUCGGUGAAUAUUUUAAUGCAGAAUCAUUGAUUUGUGCUGCAUGCGACUUGACCAAAUAUCUGGAGCCAUCUGAAGAUCGUCUAACUUGUGUUUGUAAUAAGCAAAGUAAGUUUGUUGGAUUUCAAAAUGGUUGUCCAAAAUGUGAACUCUGUGGACAUAAUGAAAUUCCAACAAUUGAUGGACUGGAUUGUGUUGCCUGCUCCACCUACAGUAACAAUAGUAGCUGCGAAUGCGCUUCAAGUGACAUUAGAUUGGAACGGAAUGUGAAUGGAAGCCUCUUAGAGAAGAUACAAUGUAUUCCAUGCACCCAUAAUACCUAUCCAUCGCCAGAUGGAACAAAAUGCUUGACUUGUCGAAAGAAUGCCUUUAAAAGUCACAUCAACUGUCCGUGCCCAUUAAUUUCUCACUUAAGAAUCAAAGAGUAUUGCGUUGACAAAAAUGGGCUGGUGGAAUGGCCUGAUAUUAGGAGCACGUACUUAGUGAAAUAUGAAAGCCAACAGGUCGAUAGUUAUUAUCUCAGAACUGAGUUACAGUUAGCCGUUUACUUAUGUAAAAGUGGAAACAAGACUGCCUGUGAGCAUGUGGCAAAUAUGUGUGCCUUGACUUUGUUUAUUAAUUCAAUACCGUGUAGAAUAUUUCUAGAGAAACACAAUACUCCGCUGUGGUUGUAUUAUGGUGCAGGUGAAGCACCCACUGUACUCAAUCAGGAAAAAAUCACACAAAAAUAUAGCCUCGAUACAAAUAAUAACAACAGCCAAGUAAAUAUUGCAUCUGCUAUAUUUUCAACCAAUGGUCAGUUUCAAUCAAUUUCAACGCCUGAUAUAUUCUGCGACUUGUUAACGAAUAUUAGGUUUGGCAUAAAUACAGAAAAGUUCUGUGUAACGACUGCUAAGAAACUCAGCAACAUGAAAAUGGAAUUUUUCGAGCCGUACCUCAGGUUUACUGAUGGACGUAACGUGUCAUUGUACCCACUACCUGUUUUAAUUAGAAACACCAAUAAGGAACAAACUGAUGCUUCUGGAUGGCGAUUGGUAAGAAGAUUUUUUAUCAUUGAUACCAUAUCCGGCAUAAAAGCCUUGCCCAGCUCAUUUAACACCGAGUUCAAACGAGACAAACAUCCGAGCAUUAUGCGAUAUGCAAAGUCUAUUCAUCUUUUGAUAAAGGUACAGAAUAAAGAAGACCAGGGGAAAAUAUUUCCACCAUUAAUAAUACUUGAGUACGACGAACUCCCAAUGGAACAUAUCCGCCGAAAUGUUGAAGUUAAAAUCAGCUAUAGAGUUACAUACAUAUUGGCAAAUGAUGACAUGUACAUGGCAAUAGAGGUAGCCACAGGAGUCUUGUCUGGAUUAGGAUUGGCAUUUGCUGCAAUCAAAGCAUGGAGCUAUAGUAAACGAAAUGGAAACGAAAUACUAAGUGCCUCAACAUUUCUUUGGUUCUUAAUAUUCUGCUGUGGCAUAUUGGGGAACAUCUUCAUAUUCGUUUCAUUUUGUGCCAGUGUCUACACGUUUAUUUUCUAUAAAGGGCAGACCGUGUUACAUGUUCUCUUGCCAAGUGAUACUACAGAGGAAAAAGUCAGGAUAUUUGUGAUUGUAGCAUUCUGCUUGAAGCUUGUGGAAACAAUCACUCUCGUGUAUCGGUUUAGAAACCUGGACAUAUUUUUUAUCGACUGGGAACAACCAAGAUCUGUUUUAAGCCAACCAAACUAUGAUUCUCCACAUACUUCUCUGAAAAAAUUAUAUGCUAAGAGAUUUCCGGAUGAAAAUCCUAAUCCUCUGAAAACUCCCUCCGAUAUAAUAUCGGCUAGGAGGAAAAGAACGCCACGGAAAUCUAGUAUUAUCGGUACACCAAGUCGACAAUCUAAAUGCUCAACACCGAGUAAAUUGAGCGUUUCAAAUUUCUUGGAAGAAUCAUUCAUUGAAAAUCCAUCAAUCAAAGGACCAGUUAUUCUAAACAAUCGGCAAAAAAUACCUGUCAGUAUUUGGCGAACCUAUUUCAUUGCAAACGAAUGGUUUAGAAUUCAAACAAUGAGAAAAGUGAAUGUAGUAGUACAAGGAAUUGCAACAUUAUUUAUUCUAGAGGUCCUGGAUAUCAAGUUUUGGGCUCGACCUGAUCCAGACUUUACUAUAAAUGCUGCAGAUCCAAUGUUACAGGAAAGAGAGAGUUUCACGUUGAAAUUCGGUGUUGGAACAUUAGUCUAUAUAUCCGUACACUGUGCACAAUGGCUAAUAAUGGUCACCUUCUACGAAAGAUAUAUCAAGAAUCACAUACAAGAAUUUGUUGACUUGUGUUCAAUGGCAAAUAUCAGUGUCUUCAUUCUUUCGCAAAAUCGCUACGGAUUUUAUAUUCAUGGAAGAUCAGUGCAUGGGUUUGCCGAUACCGACUUGGCAACUCUAAUCAACAAUUUGAAGCAAGAAGAAGAAAAUUUAUGUGCACACAGAGGACUGUUACCUGGCACCACAGAGCAAAGCUUUGUCAUUUCUGUAUCAAAAACCUUCAGAGAUUUUUACGAUAAAAUCAUGAGUGAUAAAAUCAUCAAUGAUGAAAGUAGAUUCUUCAGGAGAAAAAUGGUUGGAACGUCAAGGAAGGAAAGAAACGUGCAAACAUAUCAGAAAAUGACCCAAUUUUUGACCCAAUUUGUAGAUCAUUGUUUCAAGGAUCUAAAUUAUCUUGUCAGAGAAAAACGGUUUUUAGAAAAACUUUUGGAUAUAGAGUUUACAGAUACCGUAGAUGGCUCGGUUUUCCACAUAGACAACAAUCAUUCAUUUGAUCGUGUUAUGUUCUAUGGAAAUGAAUGGACAUUGGUUACGUUUGAGAUCACCUUGUUCAACUUUGUUGGAGCCCUAUUUCAAGAUUACACACUAGCAAUCAUAAUUACAGUGUUGGUAUCGCAGCUACUAGUUGUCUGUCGUAAGUACAAUGGAAAGAAAAAUUUAGCAAAUAAAACACUGAUCGAUGAAAGGUUUUUACUCUAGAUCAGUUAGAUAAAAUGUGAUUAAUGAGUCUGAUAAUUUUUCAAUUUGCCAAAAGCAUGAGUAAAGUUAUGAAUAAAGACUGGGUAUUACAUCAUA